AUGCCAUUUGCGCCAACUUCAGCCUAUACUUUCUCCUACAAGGGUCAAACCCGGAGCGAGCUGGUGGCCUUGCCAUUGCACUUCGCGGUCCUCGCCAGAAAGUCUUCGAGUCACGUUGAUCGUUCCCGGCAACCUCAAGUGUCAUCAUAUCUGUGCAUGGCAAUGCGACACGUCAUGUGCGACAAACGGUCACUCUACAAGUUACGGAAAGAUAUAGAAGCAAAGGAGCUCAUGGAAAGCAGUACAACACCAGCAUAUCACCCUCCCACGUAUCCUCGGAAAACAGCAACCUACGAACCCAUCAGAGCUGCCACAUGA